CAUGGAUUGAAUAAUUUGCCUCGAGACUAUUCAUUUGACAAAGAUAUUUGGGGAACAGCAAACUUAUCCAAGAAGAAGAAAUCUGUCAGUAAACCUAACGCAAACGAACACCUGAGUUUGCCGUCAGGUGGCGUAUCAUACAAUCCUUCAUUUACAGAUCAUCAACAGCUUCUAGUAGAUGUGCUAAAGCGAGAGGAGACUGAAGAAGCAAAACUGAAAGAAGAAAGAGAUUUUUGGGCCCAAGUACCGUCGGUAACUCACCAAGAGAAAGAAGCUGCUCAUUUAGAAGGAAUUGAAAACUUUUAUUUCAAGCAGAAAUUAUGCGAGGAAGAUAAAAUCUGUAACCAGAAAUUUUCGGGCAAAGAAGACGUGGAAAAUGUAAUCAUAUCUCAUGCGCCUCUAAGUAACCGAAAACUGAAAAUGACACCCAAGCAACGAGAUCAACUUAAAAGAAAGGCUAAGGAAAAGCUUAACGUUCAGAUUGCAUUGAAAAAAGAACGCCUAAAUCGUGGCAGAGAAAACGAUGCUCUCCAUGGCAAAAGCAUCAACAAGAAGAUUUCCAAGAUUGAACAUCUGAGGAAUCUGAAGUGGAAAGCGAAGCAAGCCAGAAAAAAUGAUCCAAAGAGAGUCAGACUUAUUGGACGGACUCCACCUGAAGAAAUGAAAACCUCCUUCAAGUUGACCGAAGAGCUGCCGGGCAGUUUGAGAAAACUGGUCCCAGAAAGUGAUUCAUUGUUUACGGAGAGGAUAGCAUCUUUAAUCAAAAGGAAUGUCAUUGAGCCAAUGCCUCUGACAAGAUCAAGGAUGAAUGCGCGUCAAAGACAUAUCGAGAAGAGACGGCAUAAAAUGAAUUUUAAGAAAGUCAUAAAAUAUCGCGAACCUUUUGAAUUACCAGCUACGUCUUAAGUUUGCAAUAUAAUUUUCACGACUGAAAAA